CUCCAGCUCCAUUACCUAGAGAGAGAGAGAGAGAGAGAGAGAGAGAGAGAGAGAGAGAGAUCAUCAUUUCAGCAUUCACUGCCAAAUUUCAAACAUUAAACAUUCAAAGAAAAAAAGAGAAAGAAGAAAACUUAAGAUCAAAGUGUAGAGAAAAGAGAAAGGUAACAACUUUCAUCUUCCUAUGGAUUCGAGUGUAGAAAAAACGAGAGGUCCUUGCUGCCUGAUGAAAACCCAUUUCCUAAAACCUUACGUAACCUCCAUCGAUGGUCCUGUAGCUGAGCUUCCUCCUCGUCAACGUGUCUCUGUUUCUUCAUCAUCAUCAGACCGGCUGAAGGUUCUGUCUUUGGGUAAUUCCGCUAAUGGGUUUCGUUUUCCAAACCCUAAUUUCAUAUCCUGGACUCGAAAGAUGGAAGCUUUGCACGAACCCACUUGGAGAAAAGCUGGCAUCUUUGAAGCAAUCAAGGCGUCUACUUACAGAAUCCAUGAAAACCCGUCUCUGAUUCAAGCCCUAGUUGAGAAAUGGUGUCCUGAGACCAAAUCAUUCGUCUUCCCUUGGGGCGAAGCAACGGUUACGUUAGAGGAUGUGAUGGUGCUUCUAGGGUUUUCAGUUUUGGGUUCCUCUGUUCUUGCUCCUUUAGAAAGCUCGGAGAUGAGAGUUGCCGUGGAUAAGCUAGAGAAAGCAAGGGCAAAGAUUAUAGGGAACUGGAUCAGUGGUUGCCGCGUGAGCCAAGUGCAAUGGACUUCAAGUUUCAAAGACAGAGAUGAUUCGUUGGAGCAUGAAGCUUUUCUCGCCAUGUGGCUUUCUCAUUUUGUGUUUCCACACAAGUCUCGUCCUUCUAUUUCAAGACAUGUGUUGCCAACUGCUGUCCGUUUAGCUAGGGGUGAAAGGAUUGCUCUUGCUCCUGCUGUUCUGGCUGGAUUGUACAGAGAUUUAGGUCGAAUCUGUGCCAUUACAGGAGAUGAGUCUGAUCAUCAAAAGUUCAUUGCCAUGUCUCUGUUGAAGUUAGUCCAAGUAUGGACAUGGGAGAGAUUCAAGAACAUAAGACCACAAGCUGGAGAGAUACCAAAGGGAGAACCUAGGAUUGCUCAAUGGAGCUUACUGAAACAGAGAUGUGGCAGUGAUGAGGGUUUUAGUUUUGAUGAUUUUGAUUGGCGUCCCUAUACUAAACCUUUAAAUAACUGGAACCCUCUUAGGCUUUACGUUGAGGAAGCUAUGUGGGUGACUGUUGAUAACAGUCUUGAUGAUGAGUUUGUCACCUUUGCUAGAUGUGUGAGGAGUUCUCAGCUUGUUGGGAUUGGUUUUGUAGAGGAUUACUAUCCGAAUCGAGUGGCGAUGCAGUUUGGGUUUAGUCAAGAUCUUCCUGGUUUGGUUACUCAUCAUAGCAGCUUCACAGAAAAGGGAGCAUGGGAUGAUUACAAUAAGUCUCUUGUGGGUUUGAAGCUAUACAUGCCUUCUCGUCUUGCUAGAGGUUCUGUUACUACAAGAUACCGAGACUGGUGGGUGAAAUCAGUUUCAGACUUUCUUGGUUUGGAGGACUCAAAUGAAACUUGUAACGCAAGAAAUACAGUUGAUGAAGAUGCAUCUCCUGAUGUACUGCCACUAAGUCAAGUUCUUCAGAAGUUGGGAGGAGGGUUUCCUGCAAAGUUCAAACGUUCUAGGAAAAGUAGAAUAGCGAGUUGUAUGGGAUCUGAGAUAAAGAAAAACAAGACUAGUGAUUGUGGUGCAUCAGUUUCAGUAGAUGUACCACUUAGUGAGUUGUUUCACAAGGAGUUAGCGAAGAGGACAAGUGAGCAUUUGAAAGACAAGAGAGGCAAGCGAGCUCGUGAGGAUGAGGAUGAUGAUGAUGAGAAUCGUAUGGGUUCUUAUGAUGAUAUUACUAUUUCUCAGCUGGUCAAAUCUAGAAAGAAAACCGGAGGUGAUGCUCCUGGAUCACUUGGAAUAAGGAGAGACAAGGAGGGUAACACUGAUUCAAGGAUUUGUCAAGAGCUUGCUUCUGGUGAUGACGAAACUGUAGGACGACAAGAAGUAAAGAAAAGGAAUGAAGAGAAAGCUGAAGAAGAAACUAGAAGCAAAGCAGAGGAGACACCACCAGAGGCAGGACAAACAUGUGUUUAUGUAAAUGGAAGAAACAAUCCAGAGAAGAGGAAGACUUUGGUCGAUGAUGGAACCAAGGAAGUAGAGUGUUUGCUUCUUGAAGAAGGAAAAAAGCAGAGAUUCAAUGAGAAGGAAGAAAGUGAAAGACUGAAACAGAGAAAGCUUACAACAGAGGAGAUAGCACUUAAUCUAGAGGCACGUUUUAUGAAGGUGGAGAAGACUUUGGAAACGAUUAGAAAUUGGAUAACCAAAAGAAACCAUAUCCAAACUGGAGUUUCUGCUUAACCUUAUGAUCUGAAAGAAGAUAACAAAGUCACAUAUCAAUCUUUUGCUCUUUUGCAUAAUCCUGUGAACUUUAACUUAGCUUUAUGAUGUUAUUUGUGUGUAUUUACUUUAGUAUUUGAAAUAUUUAAUAAAAAUGUUAAAUGAAUCUUUUUUUUGUGUUUA